CUUUUGGUCACAGUCAUGUCUUCUUGGGCUGACUUUGGCAGCAUUUUUGUUACAAAGGGUGUGUUUUUGUGUAUUAUCUGAGCUGUAAUUUGGGUUAAUCUCUAUUAGAUUAACUAGAAACAAUGAGCGAUCGAGCAGGAGAGGAAGGGGCCUCAUCCUUCAACCAGUCACUAACUAUAAACCAGAUCGAAGUCGACGGUUCGAUUUACUGUGAUGCCGUUGGCUGCCCAAUCAACGUCUUCUUUAUCAUAGUCUACAGUCUCGUGUUUCUGGUGGGUCUCCCCCUCAACAUCUUCAUCAUUAAGUUUUACUUCUGCCGAGCUCAGCCGAAGGAGUCCAGGAGCAUUAUGGUUUACCUCAAGAACUUGGCAGCCGCCGACUUCCUGCUCUGCCUCUCUCUCCCCAUCCGCAUAAUGAACUUUUCCAGCACCUACGACACCAUCCGCAUGGUCAACUGUUACUUUGGCAGCACCUUCCUCUUCCUCAACAUGUACGCCAGCAUCAUGUUUAUGGGCUACAUCGCCGCUAACAGAUAUCAGAAGGUCGUCAAACCUUUAAGAACUCACAUCCUGCAGACGGUGAGGGCCGCUCACAUCCUGUGCACAGUAACAUGGGUUAUCCUCCUGGGCGCGACGAGCGCCUUCGCCAUCCUGACAAUCCACACACUGCCUCCUUUUACCUCUGCCGCAGUAUACUGUGAAAUCUUUCACAGUGCCGAGCUCGUUUUUCUCCACAAGAUCAUACAGAGCUUCUCCAUGGCCAUUUUCCUGUUUGUCUUCGUCUCCCUGGUCUUCUUCUACUACAGCACCAUCCGCAGGGUGUUGCAGGCGCAGCAAAGGCAGCCGGCGUCCACCAAGCUUGCAAAGGCGCGCAGGAACAUGUUAGUGCUGGUCAGUGUCUUCUGCUUUUGCUUCGUCCCCUUCCACGUGGUUUUCCUACCCAUAUCUUCGGGGAAUUAUAGUUCAGGGAGCAAAGUUCUCAUCUUCGUGAUGGAACUGACCAUCAUAAUGUCAGUUCUCAACGUCUGCCUGGACCCGCUCAUCUACUUCAUCCUCUGCAAGAGGUUCAGGACCCAGGUUAGUCUGAGAGGGGUGUGUGGAAACUAAAAAUAACUGUUUAUAACAUUUUAACUGUCAAUAAUGUGAUAAACUAAAUGUAUUUAUAAUAAAUUACUUAAUAACUGAAAAUAAUGUUAUGAGCAAUUAAAACAAAGUGAAAACAUAACUGCCUAUUAUAUAAUAAACAAAUGCAAUGUAAUAAUGUCACAUAACGUAGUAAUUGUGAUUAAAAAGACAUAAAAAAUAAAUAAAAUAAAAAACUGAUCGUAUAAUAAUUGCACCUAAUCCUAUAACUGCAAAUCAUGUGUUGAGAGAUUUAAUAACAAUUAAUAAUGUAAAACAUAAAAAAUGCCAAUAAUGUAAUUAACAGGUGAAAAUGGAUGAUGUAAUAAUUGAAAAUU